UAACAAGUAAAGCACAACUUAGCUAUGAUAGAAUGGAUUUCGUUGUUGAAUAUAUCUAUUUUUUUAUCUGUUACAAUUCAAUUGCUUUACACUUGGAUAACAAAUCUCACCAGAAUGGAAUGGAUAAGGACAAUGCCAUUACAACAAUAUCUUAUCCAAAAAUUUUAAUUUCUUAAGAAUAAUGCUUCAAUUGACCUUCAUCUUUUGAUGAUUGCAUUGGAAAAUUUGGUGGCAAAUAGCAGAAUUAAACAAACAGAAGUCCAAUAUACUAGAGCAUCUUCACUCCCAAACAAAACCCACUCCCCCAUAUCAGUGUAGCGAAUUCAAACUCACUAGUGCCAACAAUGAGAGUUGAAGACAGUCGAGGAGCUUCCAGGAAUCACCUAGUCUUCGCUUAUUAUGUCACUGGCCAUGGUUUCGGCCAUGCCACUCGUGUUAUCGAGGAACUUGAUUCUUGCUGGGCAUGAUGUGCACGUGGUCACCGGUGCACCUGACUUUGUGUUCACUUCCGAGGUACAGUCCCCUCGGCUCUUCAUCCGCAAGGUGCUGUUGGACUGCGGAGCAGUUCAGACAGACGCAUUGACAGUGGAUCGUCUUGCUUCAUUAGAGAAGAGACAGCUGUUAAACCACGGGACUCUAUUUUAGCAACAGAAACAAAGUGGCUUCGUUCCAUCAAAGCUGAUCUAGUGGUGUCAGAUGUUGUACCAGUUGCAUGCCGUGCGGCAGCUGAUGCUGGAAUUCGAUCUGUUUGCGUCACCAACUUUAGGUAAGUUGUUGUUACGAGUUUUCUUUUUCCUAGAGCACUCUGUCUCCUUAUCAAUAAUUUUGUCCAUAAUUUCCUUCGCAACUGUUAUGUAACUGAAAGCUUGUUAUGGGAUAUUUUUUUUUUUUUUACCACAACACUUUUUUUUUAAAAUUUUAAGAACAAAAAAGCAAUUGUGAAAUAGAAUUGUGCGAACACACUUCUCUUUAGUUUUGCUUCUGUAUUAUUAUUGAAUCCAAUGGAUAAAAAUGUUACAUUGCUUUACUCAUAUAUAAUUUUAUUUAGAAGUGUUUUGUCUUCCAAAAUUCAAAGCUACACCAUAACCGGUAAGAGCUUUUACUCCUUGAAUGGACUGGCAUGGAGUUUGGGUUUUGUGGUGACCCAGGCGUAAAUUCUUUAUCUGCCUUUCUUGAUGUCAGCCAAGUUACUAAAAACUAUUCUAGAAUCUGUUCUGUCUCUGGCUUGUUUGCUGUUGCAGUUGGGACUUCAUCUAUGCAGAGUAUGUGAUGGCUGCUGGAUACCAUCAUCGUUCUAUACUGUGGCAGAUAGCAGAGGAUUAUUCUCACUGUGAGUUCUUAAUCCGCCUCCUGGGAUAUUGCCCCAUGCCUGCUUUCCGUGAUGUUAUUGAUGUAUCUCUUGUUGUUAGGAGGCUGCACAAAACCCGCAAGGAGGUGAGAAAGGAACUUGGCAUUGGUGAUGAUGUGAACCUACUUAUCCUUAAUUUUGGUGGACAGCCAUCUGGCUGGAAGUUGAAGGAAUAUUACCUGCCUUCUGGUUGGCUAUGCUUGGUUUGUGGCGCUUCUGACAGCCAGGAGCUUCUACCGAAUUUCAUAAAGCUUGCAAAAGAUGCAUAUACACCUGAUCUGAUUGCAGCAUCUGACUGCAUGCUGGGAAAAAUAGGAUAUGGUACUUGCAGUGAGGCCCUUGCAUACAAGUUACCAUUUAUCUUUGUACGAAGAGAUUAUUUCAAUGAAGAACCCUUUUUGAGAAAUAUGCUCGAGUAUUUUCAGAGUGGGGUUGAGAUGAUUAGGAGAGAUUUACUUGCUGGUCAUUGGAAACCUUACCUUGAACAUGCAGUUAGUUUGAAACCAUGUUAUGAAGGUGGCAUAAAUGGUGGUGAGUUGGCUGCUCAUAUAUUACAGGAGACAGCUAUUGGGAAAUACUAUGCUUCUGAUAAGUUAAGUGGAGCAAGGAGAUUGCGAGAUGCUAUAGUCCUUGGGUAUCAAUUACAAAGGGUGGAUGGACGAGAUAUCUGCAUCCCAGAAUGGUAUGCGAAUGCUGAAAAUGAACUUAACAAGUCUACCAGAUCACCAGUUGCCCAAAAAAAUGAGGAUGGACCACCAAGAAGCACCUGGACUGGAGAUUUUGAGAUUCUGCAUGGAGAUCUUCAAGGUCUUUCAGAUACCACGAGUUUCUUAAAUAGUUUAUUAGAGCUAGAUUCUGCAUAUGACUCUGGAAAGAAUACUGAGAAGCUCCAGAUGUGGGAGCAUAAGGCUGCUGCAGGACUCUUUAAUUGGGAGGAAGAUAUCUUUGCGACAAGAGCACCUGGCAGGCUGGAUGUGAUGGGAGGGAUUGCAGAUUAUUCCGGAAGCCUUGUCUUGCAGAUGCCUAUAAGAGAAGCUUGCCAUGUUGCUGUUCAAAGGAUUCAUCCAAGCAAAAACAGGCUUUGGAAACAUGCUGAGGCUCGGCAAAAUGCAAAAGGACAAGGGGCCACUCCUGUUCUGCAAAUAGUAUCCUAUGGUUCAGAAUUAAGCAAUCGGGGCCCAACUUUUGACAUGGAUUUAUCUGAUUUUAUGGAGGGGAACCAGCCAAUAUCAUAUGAGAAGGCAAGGAAAUAUUUUGCUCAAGACCCAUCACAAAAGUGGGCAGCUUAUGUUGCAGGGUCAAUUCUUGUUUUGAUGACAGAACGAGGUGUGCGCUUUGAGGAUAGCAUUAACAUGCUGGUUUCUUCUGCAGUACCAGAAGGCAAAGGUGUAUCUUCUUCUGCCUCUGUGGAGGUUGCUAGCAUGUCUGCUGUGGCUGCUGCGCACGGAUUAAACAUCAGCCCAAGAGAUAUAGCAUUGCUUUGCCAGAAGGUGGAGAAUCACAUUGUUGGAGCUCCAUGUGGUGUGAUGGACCAGAUGACUUCAGCAUAUGGUGAAGCCAACAAACUUCUUGCAAUGGUGUGCCAGCCUGCAGAAGUAAUUGGUCUUGUGGAAAUUCCUGGACAUAUUCGAUUCUGGGGAAUUGGUUCAGGGAUAAGACACAGUGUUGGUGGUGCAGACUAUGGAUCUGUAAGAAUUGGUGCCUUCAUGGGUCGACAGAUGAUAAAGUCAGUGGCAUCUGCUAUGUUGUCUAGGUCAUUGCCCAGAGCUAAUGGAUCAAUGCUCGAUGAAUUGGAGGACUACGGUGCUGAACUACUAAAACAUGAGUCGUCCUUAGAUUAUUUAUGCAACUUGACACCACAUAGAUAUGAAGCUCUUUAUGCUAAAAUGCUUCCUGAAUCCAUUGUUGGUGAGGCAUUUUUGGAGAAGUAUACUGAUCAUAAUGAUCCUGUAACAGUAAUUGAUCCGAAGCAAACUUAUGUGGUGAGAGCUCCUGCUAGACAUCCUAUCUAUGAAAACUUCCGUGUCAAGGCUUUCAAAGCAUUGCUAUCAUCUGCAACUUCAGAUGAUCAACUUACUGCUCUUGGAGAAUUGUUGUAUCAGUGUCACUACAGCUACAGUGCUUGUGGACUUGGUACUGAAGGGACGGACAGGCUUGUGGGCUUGGUACAAGAAAAGCAACAUAGUAAACCCUCAAAAUCUGAAGAUAGGACAUUGUAUGGAGCAAAAAUUACUGGUGGGGGCUCUGGCGGAACAGUUUGUGUGAUUGGUAGGAACUCUCUGAAGAGCAGCCAACAAAUUUUUGAGAUUCAGCAAAAGUACAAAGGCGCAACUGGCUAUUUGCCAUUUAUUUUUGAGGGCUCAUCGCCAGGGGCAGCAAAGUUCGGUAACCUGAGAAUUCGCCGGCGCUUCUCUUUUUAAACUAAAUUAAUUGUCCUAAUAAUAUUACAUGUGAUUUUUUUUUGCCAACAGCAUAUUUAUAGGAAGUGUCUAGAACUAAAACAAAGGAAAAUAAAAUGAUUGUUGUUUAAUUGUAGAGAAAAGUAUCAUAAAUGUAUUUACAUUUUUGGUUGUGAUUCCAAAAUAAUUGGAGAUUAGGGUGUGAACAAACAAUUCAAAGUGCCUCCAUUUAAGGACUUACUUUUCUACCCUAUUCUACAACAAGGGUUGGAUCGGAGUUUUUAUCAAUUUGGUGCUGAAAGAAAAAGAUUUUCACAAUUUAGAUUUUAAAACAA